AUUUAGAAAACAGUUUAAAGUAGCAAAAACUUUUAUAGCAAAAUGUGGAAGUUUAUAAGUCUAUUAAUCUGCAGCUAUACAACAUAUGUUUUCGCAGCUGCUGCUAAGACAAGCGGUUGUUCUAUUAAACUACCCACAGAUAUCAAAGGAUUUGCUCCCGUCAUCUUGACCGCAGUGUCCAAAAAUGACUAUAAACUUUUCAAACCUACUGGAGAGAUAACAAACCUAAAAGAAGGUACAAAAUUACGCUUGGUUUGUACCGGCAAUAAAAAUGUUUUUGAGAAUACAAGUUAUGAUACAUUGGAACUGAAAUGUUCAAAAGGCAAUUUUGUGGAUGCAAAUAAUAAUGUUCAGCCUUUAAGUGAAUUGGUGUGCAAAUCUAUACCUAGUUCCUCUAUGAAAAUAACCAACGAAGAGUGUUCAAAUGGAAAUGGUUAUAUUUAUGAAACAGGUUUUCAAAUAGAAGAUGAAUUUUAUGGUCCUGUGUUUGAAAUCUGUUAUAGUAAUGUUACCGAGAAUACUUUCUAUACACAUGGUAUACUAAAUGGAGCUGCUAUGGAUUACUCCAUUUCGGAAAGUACCCGCCGUUCUUUUACCGCUGAUGGCAUGCAAUUCUCUACCACUAAAACGAAUACAUUCUAUACUCAGAAAAAUCAAAUCAAACGUUUUGAGCAAUAUUUCGGCAGCGAUCAAACUUAUAUCGACACCAAAAACUUCUUGGCUCGAGGCCAUUUAGCAGCCGAUGCAGAUUUUAUUUUUGGCUAUGAAAAACUGGCCACCUAUUAUUAUGCCAAUGUAGCGCCUGAAUUUCAAUUAAUAAAUGCUGGCAACUGGUUAAGGGUAGAAGAAUUGGCACGUUCAGCUUCAGCCAACUAUAAAGAUGAUAUCGAAUCCUAUAACAGUUAUAUGGGUAUUUUAAAAUUACCCAAUAAUAAUGGUGAUUUGGUGGAAAUCUAUUUGGAUGAUACACAAAAAAUCGAAGUUCCUAAGUAUUAUUUUAAGGUUUUAGUCCAUCGAGCUUCAGAUUCGUCUAUAGUUUUUGUUACGGUGAAUAAUCCUUACAUAGAGGAUGGUCCCGCAGAGGAGUUUUGCACAAAUGUAUGUGAAAAAUCUGGUUUAGUACAUGCCAAUUUCCCUGACGUAACAAAAGGUUAUACAUUCUGUUGCGAGUUGGAAGAAUUCAAAGAGUUGGUUGAUUUCUUGCCUGCCGAGGUGCAGGGUAGUAAAUUGUUGAAGCGUAAUCUUUAAGUUGUUUUUGGAGAAGUUGUUACUUCUGGAAUAAAGUUGAUUGGACAUAAAGUGAA